AGUUGUAUUGGCACCUUUAUUCCAUUUGUUUAUGUUUUCUAGCGCCAAAAUGGAUACUGCAGAAAUUGAAUUUUUGAGUGAAGAAGAAACAGUUACUAUUGUGCCAAACUUUAAUUGUGGUGUUCUUAAUUUAAUAUCCAGACCAAUUGGGCCAUUUCGAGCUGGUUUAUCGACAAGAGUGCCUAUUUGGGUUGCUCUAAUUUUAAAACAACAACAAAAAUGUCGAAUAAUUGAACAAGAAUGGAUGCAGUUAGACAAUCUAAAAUCAAUUAAAGAAGAUGAAAAGUUAUCCAAUCUAUUUACUCAAAUGCCAAGCAACCACUAUAUGGAAGAAGCACAAAUACUGCUUGGCACAUCAAAUGAUGACAUACCUGAUGGUGACAACAUAAGAACAGCAGUAAAGGAUAUAUGGGACAUAAGAAUGGCAAAAUUAAGAUCUUCUGUUUAUAAUUUUAUAACAAAAGAAGGACAGCAUGCAAGAUUGGAUAAUUUAACGAUGUUGGAAAUUAAUAGCAUACGUCCUCUAUUACCCCAUGCUUUAGAUCAAGUUCUACGAAUUCAACAGAAACCCAAAUAAAAUUAAACUUGUUUACUUGUUUUUAUGGAAAAUUUCAUUUUGUCAGAGUGACAUUUAUCACUGAUAGCAUAAAAAAACAACAUACAUGAUACGUACUUUUUUGUGCACUUAUUGUGGAUUUAUACAUUUUCAAUCAGUACAAAUAAAGAUUUUAUUUUUAAUGUAA